AUGGCAAGCCGGAAGAAAAGUGUUCGUUUACCCAAGCGCACAGGUUUGCGGUCUCAGAGCCAUGUGCAACAGCCAGGGGGCGCUGGAGCAGCAUGGGAAACCGAGGAUGAGGAAGAGAAACCGGAAGUCAAACCCGGGCCAUUCUCGGAGCCUGGACAGGAUAUGGUGAUGUUAAUGAGGGAGUUUCUGGCUGGACAGCAACGCCGGGAAGAAGGGUUGCUGGUAGAACUCCGGAGGCUGGGGAAUGCUCAGUCUAACCCUCCCGGCAAGGCGCUGGAGGCGUACUCUGCCAUGGACGAGGAGAGAGCCCACUGCUACCGGGACUUAAAGGAGGCCCUGUUGGCAAAAUUUGAUAUUUCACCCGAGACCUACCGCCAGCAGUUUCGCGCAAUCAUCAUGGAGCAGCUGCUGCGAGUUUUCCCCUUCGAGGUGCGGACCUGGGUGAAGGAGCGCGAGCCCGGCGAUGGACUCACCGCUGCAAAGUUGGCCGUGCAGUACCUCAACGCGCGCAAAGGAGGACCUGCCCGGACCGGCACUACAGCUCAGCGUGGGCCAGCUCAGCCGCUUCUCUCCAGACCACCCCGGCAGGACAGCUACCCAGAUCGGCAAGACCAGCCCUAUCUUGUGAGUGUGGGUGUGGUUGAAAACUUACCAGUGGAUGCUAUUCUCGGUUGGGAUUUACCAGUUCUCAUGGACCUGUUGAACGAAAAAGUGUCUGAGGAAAGUGACUCUGGGGGGAAUAGUAACUGUUCUAUGUCUAUGGCAUGUCCUGUUUUAACCCGAGCUCAGGCAAAAACGGGUGUCCAGCCUCUGCCGGACUUGGACAGUAGUCUGUGUGAGGGGGGCACCAAGGGGCCCAAGAAGUCCCGCCGUCAGAGGCGGUUUGAGAAACAAAUGUGGUCUGCUAGUCCUGAAGAUGUUUUACCUUUGUGUUGGAAUGUGCCUGACAAUGUUGGUGGGCAAGGAUACAAAGAGUUGUCUGGGACGGGAGAGGUUUGUCAUUGA